GAGAACCUCAUGCUCGACACGCGCGGCUACGUCAAGCUGUGUGACUUUGGCAUCUCCCAAGCACCUCUUCCGGGGGCACUUCUCGCAGCUGCCCGCACCCCCGUCUACCUCGCGCCAGAGGUUCUCCGCGGCAAGGGCUACACCGCCGCAGUCGACUGGUGGGCGCUGGGCGUCCUGCUGUACGAGGUCGCUGUCGGCUGCACGCCUUUCGAGGCGGAGUCGCACUUCGCGGUCGUGCAGCGCAUCAUGGCCCGCCCUCGCGUCAUCGCGUACCCGCCCUGCAUCGAGGCGCAUGCCGCCGGCCGCACGCGCGACCUCGUGAGCCAGCUCCUGGUCGGGGCUCCCUCGAAGCGACUCGGCGGCGGCGGCGGAGACGCGGCCGAGGUGCGGUCGCACCCCUUCUUCGAGGGCGUCGACUGGGACGGCCUCGUGCGGCGCGAGGUCUGCUCUCCGUGGCCCGAGCAGAUCGUGCGCCGGUGCAGCGACGCCGUGCCGUUCGAGGCAGGCAAGGAGGGCGAGCCGGAGCCGGUGUGGCUCGACGCGCGGCCGUGCGACGCCGACUCGCUCGCUGAGUUCCCUGGGUGGGAGCCGCUGGUGUAG